AUGCUUCCUGAAGGCAGCCAAGCUCACAACCAUGUCCGGCAUGUCCUAAAUAAUGUGGCUGGCCUUGGUGGUGGUCCUACAGUAAAUGAGCAUGCAAACAAUGGGUAUGAGACUGAACUAGCAGCUGCUGCAACCCCAAGCACAAGUGCAGCACCCGUAAGUACACCGACCCGUGGUCAUCGUGCUACUACAAGCCCAAGUACAAGCGCAGCUAGGGGUCGUCUUCGGCCUGCUACAGCAACCCCAAGCACAAGUGCAGUCAGGGGCCGUGGUCGGCGUGCAACAACCCCUCGGGUUGUAACUACUCUUGAGAUGCCUCCACCCAUCCCGCAGGCAUCUCCUCAGCCUGAGGAUUUAGGGCCUUGUACAAUCAGGUACAAUCAGGCUAGAAUGUGUUGUAUUAGAAUUCAAGUUUCUGUGGGGAUUCUUUACAGGAUUGAGCAUUCUGCUGUUAACCUGGCAGAAUCUAUUCAGCAUGGUGGAUUACCAGCACCUGGCUCUGUUGCACCGUCAAUAUUAGAGACUGGAAAAGCUUUUACAGCAAAGGGAAUGCAAGUGCUUGAACUUGUAGGCAAGGAGACUAUUGAUCUACUAAUUACUGAAACUGGUAUUGAAGUUGAGAAGAAUUCAAAAGAAACUGAACAACAAACUGAUGAGGAUCAGUUGUACGAGGAAGUGACAUUUGAUCGAUGCUUCUACAUAUAUGGAGGUCCAGAACAGUUGGAGGAGCUGGAGGCAUUGUCUAACCAUCAUGGCCUGUUAUGUAAUCGAAGAAAAGCAAAAUUAUCAUCGGAACAGAGACCUGCAUUUGAUGGGAAGCUUAAACAGGUCCAGCAAAUUUUUAGUUUGAGUACUGAAAUGGAUGGAAAUGGUGUAGAGACAGACAAAGGGAAGAAAGUAGAGACUGGGGCUGAGGGAAGUGAUGAUGAGAUGAAGAAAUUACACGACUCAAGUGUUAGCACGGCUGCUGACAUGGCUGUGGGGUUCACUAAUGCAUUAGCAGGAGUAGCUGUUAAUGAUAUGAUCCAAAGGACUGCUGGCAGAAUAGACUCGCUUCACUCAGAGGGAGUUCAUAGACUCUCAGAAAUGUGCUGUUUUGCUGUUUCUCAACUGUUGAUGCUUGGUAAAUCCAUUCUUUCUAAUGCUAGCAAAGUUCAGGAUGAAGUUGCUGAUGAGGAUAUUGCCAAAAUUGACUGGCCUGAGGAUUCUGUUGAAAAAGCUAAGAUAAUCAGAACAAAGGCACAGUCAAUGACAGGAUAUGUGGAAGCUGUUUCCAACAGCUUUAUUACAGGUUGGUUGUCUAGCACUUCAUCUCUUUAG